ACAACAUGUCCACUUCCUACCCUGUCCCAGAACGUCCCUUCAUACAGACAAACCCAGGUGUAGCCUCUCAGCCUCGCAGCUCUACACCAGGGUCACGCGCGACAGGCGGCGCGAAACGCGGUCGGAAACCCAAAGCGGCAGGAUCCAUUUCUUCCACCAACUCUCCUCGACCACCUGCUCUGUCACCGCUGCCGGGAUCCAGUCAGGGCACCGAGUUUCAGUGGAACAACUUGCCGGCAACCGCUUUUGCAAGCUCGAGCAAUGGUGGUGCCUCAGCAGCGGGUCAACAGCGACGAUCGCCAUCACAGCCACAGCCAGCGGUCGCGUCCGAGUCGGGAGUCACGCUCAGCCUUCCUGGGGCCGAGGCAGCCUCUGCAGUACCUAGGCCGCCUGGAGUCGCAGUGCCAGGGGAGGAAGAUGGAGAAGGCGAGGACGAUCACGAGAUGCUGCCGGCGAUGGCAGACGACGAUUACUCUGCGCAACUAUCCUUCCAGAGUCAGUCCAAAGACAAUCUGAAAGUUUUGAUGGACAACCUGAGUCCGGAACAGUAUGACCGGUUUGAAGCGUACCGCCGACACGCGCUUCCCAAACAGGCAGUCCGAAAGGUCAUCCAGCAAACACUCGGUCAACAAGCCUCUAUGCCCGUGGCACAGAUCGUGGCUGGAUUCGGCAAAGUUUUCGUAGGGGAGAUUGUCGAGAAAGCACGGGUUGUUCAACAGCGGCGCGGCGAGACUGGCCCGCUGUCUCCGGACCAUCUGCGCGAAGCAUAUCGCAUGUAUCAACAGGAGACAGGUCGGGUGGGCGCAGCACGUCCGCUGCGCGCUAAGCGAACCUUUGUCCGUUAAGACGCCGCGUUCGGAUCCAGUCAGCUGCUACGCCGGAUGUUCUGGCUUCUUGGCAGGUAUGUGACCCCCCUUCUCCGCGCUUGACGGCGUUGUUAGGACAUACUCAAUGGGGAUGCAUUUAUCGUAGAGAUCAUGAAGGGUGGUGGUGGCGCUCGCUGGCACAUUUCACCCAGUUGAUGAAGCUUCUUCGACGGCGGCGAAGCAGAAGCAGAAGGUCUGCACUCAGGAAGCGUAUCCGCGUGUUGCGUAUGUACAUUUACCGGGACUUGGGCGCUGCGAUCGUAUCCCUGCACUGAGCAGCGUGACAGGACACUCCACGGUUGUCCAGAGACCUGUGUCGCGCAUUGAUCUGUGAAUUACUACCAGGUUUCAAUUUCAUAUCCAGAAUUUUAUCCGUCAGGCGCUUCCAGCUUGUUCCAAUA